AUGUACUCGGAAAAGCAGCAACAGCGCAGCAAUGCGAUUGACCUUUCGCACCAUAUUUCGGACUACGCCAAGUCGUACAAGGUGUCACCUUUGAAGGGUCUCCAGAAGUACUUCAGUCGCGCAGACAUGGUCUCCUUCGCAGGAGGUCUUCCGCACGAGUCUGUCUUUCCCUUCCACAACGUCCAAGCCGAUGUGUUGUUACCUGAUUCGUUUCCUCUCACCUUGCACAAUUCGGACUCCUCUUCACCGCUCUCUUGGCUCUGGCGUCUCUUCGGAUACGACCCGACGAAGGAGAAGACCACGCAUGUCCACGUCCCCAAGUUCAAGUCAGAGAAUGACGGUGGCAUGAACCUUGCGACGGCUCUGCAGUACGGCCCUGCGACCGGCAUGCCAGCGACGCAGAAGUUCAUCACAAGCUUCUCCGAGCUUGUGUACAAGCCUGCGUUCGCGGACUGGAAGACGAUCGUGCAAACGGGCAACACCGACGGUUGGGGCCGUUGCGCGCGCAUCCUAUGCAACCCUGGUGACACCAUCAUCGCCGAGGAGUGGACGUACCCCUCUGCUCUCGCUAGCGCCGCCCCGAUCCAUAUCAAUGUGCUGCCCGUUGAUUUGGACGGCAUCGGUAUGCGUCCGGAUGCACUUCGCGAAGCCCUGGCCAACUGGGACGAGUCGAAGGGGCGCCGUCCGCACGUCAUGUACACUGUCCCCGUCGGGCAGAAUCCGUCUGGCGCGACGAUGGACCUUCAGCGCAAGAAGGAGAUCUACGACAUCUGCGUCGAGUACGACGUGAUCAUCGUCGAGGACGACCCGUACUACUUCCUCCAGAUGGGGGAAUAUGCGCCCAAGGCGGCCCGCCAGGAGCAGGCGUCGCACGACAACGAGUCGUUCCUCGCGUCUCUCGCCCCGAGCUUCCUCUCCGUCGAUACGCAGGGCCGCGUGAUCCGGCUCGACACCUUCUCCAAGACCAUCGCGCCCGGUGUGCGUCUUGGCUGGUGCACCUGUGCUCCGCUCUUCGCAGAGCGGCUUGAGCGCGUCGGUGAGACGAGCACGCAGAGCCCGUGCGGUCUUGGCCAGGCACUCGUUAUGCGCCUCAUGCAGGAGUGGACGAUCGAUGGAUACGUACGCUGGUUGCGCGGCAUCCGCGUACAGUACGCAGCACGCCGCGACUUCUUCAUCGACACCAUCUCGGAGGUCUUCGCUCUCGAGCGCCGUGCUUGCACGCAGGGCGUCUGGGCCGGAUCCGACGUGUACACCGCGUAUGCGCGCCCGCGAAGCUCGAUGUUUAUGAGCGAGAAGAGUAGUCGCAAGGCGCUCUUUGAGUUCGUUCCGCCAAGCUCUGGCAUGUUCGUAUGGGUCAAACUCAACCUCGCCGAGCACCCCCUUCGUCUGCAUGGUGCAGAGCCUGGUGAGGAGGAGCCGUCGCUGGAGAUGCAGUUCUGGACGCAGCUCGCCGAAGGUGGCGUAUUGGCUGCACCCGGAUGGUUCUUCUCUGCGUAUGUGAACGAAGAUGGUGCUGGUCCCGACUUCGAUCGUGAGGGCCACCUCCGCAUCAGCUUCAGCUUUGCAUCGACGGAAGAGAUGCGGAAGGGCAUCAAGAUCUUCGAGAAGACUCUGCGCGAGUUCUUCAAGGUUUAG